CCAAAUACAAAAGAGAUAAUUUCUUUUGACGUUUGCUUCAUCUUAGUCACCAUUGCGCCAUCGAAGUAGUAUUGACAAAAUCAAUUGCGAUUUCUUAAUUGUGUAUAGGUUCUCGCUGGUACUUAAAACAAAGAUGAAUCAGAAAAAAAAUAAUAAACCACAGCGGCCAUCAACGCCAUCCAAAAUCCCCCAGCGCAAAUCCAGCAAAGAAGUACUCAAACUGCCACCCCGGCUUCUCAAACCCACCAGCUCUGAAGCAUCGCAAGUGAUCGAUAGUCCUGCGGCGGUAUUCGAUCUGAACGGUCGUAAAAUGAAGCCCGAAACAGGCGUUCAAGCCGCUGCUGCUGUUGCAUCAACGAUCGUGUCUGAAGGGAACGACUCGGAAACGAACGAGGAAGCAACCGAAACUACAUCGUCACCAUCCGAGGAAAUUGCUCCGGCGCCGUCCGAAAUGACCGUUUUGUCGGAAAUGUUCAAACAACAAGUGCUGCAGAGCAUUCUCGAUCCGGACGGAGGUAUACUCCAAAGCAUGCUGGAAGGUUCAAAAUGUUCGAUCGGAGACGGUGGCUUUUCAAGUGAUAGCAACUUUGACGUGUCACGCAGUCAUGCCGUUUUCAACUGCAGUUACGAUGGUGGGCGUCCCAGUUCCCCCGUUUGUCGUCACAGGAAGGGCAGUCUGAGGCUGGUCAACAGUCGGUGUAGCUUCGUAAACAUUUGUCAGGAAGAGUGUCCGCCUGGAAGGAGGGUGGAACGAAGGCGCGGAUUUCCCUGGCUGGAGCUGUGGGUUGGCCUCUCGUUUUUGUUGACCAUGCUGCUGAUGGGCAUCGUUCUGUUACUAAACGUGGAACAGCUGACCGCCAUCUGGAAUGGGGAAGAGUGGGUGAGGAGGGUGCCAACACUGCCAUCACUCGAGGAGGAAUCUUUCUUUGGUAGAAUGACUGAUAUUUUGAUGAAAUUAUGGAUGAGUUUGAAGGGCUUUAUUGGGUCGUCUGAUGGGUCGAAUGAAGAUAUUUAGGAAUAGUAUUUUCACUAGCUUUAUUGGCUUCACAAAACAUUUUCAUUAUUAUAUACAGUAUUUGAAGUUUUGCUAUUAAAAGUAAGGAAUCCCUGGUAAAUAAAAGGCGA